AUGCUUGCAAGUCAGCUAUUUUCGCUCCUGCUAGCCUACUGGCCAGCCCUACUUGUCCUAGCCUUCGCCGUCCACCUCAUCCGGAACAAAUACCACAACGGAUUGAACAAGUACCCCGGUCCACUCUUAGCAUCAUUCACCCACUGGUGGAGAUUCUUCGACGUCUUCUCCCGCCGAGCCGAGAAGACGCAUCUACAGCUGCACCGACAGCAUGGCGAUAUUGUCCGUCAGGGCCCAAAUGUCCUCUCCUUCGCGGAUCCAAGAGCGAUAAAGAUCAUCUAUGGCCUCAACAAGAACAUGACCAAGUCUGACUUCUAUCCCAUCCAAUCCGCCGUCUCCCGGGGCGAACGCCUGCAGUCUCUCUUCAGUACCAAAAACGAGGACUAUCACGCCAAGUACAGGAGAUGCGUCAGCAAUGCCUUCUCCAUGUCGUCGCUGGUCGGGUACGAGCCACUAGUCGACAGCACCAUCGAUGCCUUCAUCGAACAGACCCGUCGACGCUACUGCGACCAGGGUCGUACGUGUCAGUUUAGUAAAUGGCUCCAGUUCUUCGCAUUCGACGUGAUUGGGGAGCUCACGUGGAGCAAACGCCUGGGCUUCGUCGAACGAGAUGAAGACGUCGAGAACAUCGUCGAAUUUGUCGAGGGUUUCCUGACGUACGCUGCGCCGAUGGGACAGAUGCCAUGGCUCGACCUGUUAUGGGACAAGAACCCGAUCAAAAUGCAGCUGCAAAAAUGGGGCAUCACCAAGACGGUACACCCAGUUGUGAAGUUCGCCUUAUCCCAAGCUGCCGAUCGGUCUGUGGAAAUGGACAAAAUCAGACAAGACGGAUCCUUGGAUGAGACUUCCGGCAAGGGUGUCGACCUGCUCAUGAAAUUUACACAAGCUCAGCAUGAUCAUCCGGAGUUCAUGACGGAUCGACAGGUCCUUUCGUCCUGCACGAGCAUGAUCUUUGCCGGGUCCGAAACAACAUCCAUCAGCCUGUCCAGCGUCUUCUAUCACCUCAUCAAACAUCCACAAGUGUACCAAAAACUCAUGAAUGAGCUUGAUGAGGCCGCACGGAAUGGGAAUAUCGCAGAAAGGGAAUGCGGCAAAGUUAGCUGGUCGGAAAGUCUGAAACUUCCAUAUCUUGAUGCGGUCAUCCAGGAGUCGUUCCGAAUGCAUCCAGCACCUGGACUGAUCUUGGAGCGAGUAGUACCGCCGCAAGGAAUUGACAUCCUGGGCGAGCGCAUUCCGGGAGGCACUAUUGUCGGCUGCAACGCCUGGGUCGUCCAUCGACGGCCCGAAGUGUUUGGAAACGACGUCGACAAUUUCCGACCUGAAAGGUGGCUGGAGGCGAGGCCAGAUCAGCUGCGAGAGAUGAAGGCUGCGAUGUUCCAGUUCGGCGCAGGCGCUAGAACUUGCAUCGGCAAGAACAUCAGUCUCCUGGAGAUAUACAAGCUGGUGCCUACAUUCCUGCGAAAUUUUGAAAUUGAGAUGGAGUCGGAUUGGAAGACUCAUAAUGCCUGGUUUGUCCGUCAGCUGGACUUCAGGACUCGGUUUAGGCCGAGGAAGAUUGUCCAGGGCAAAAGUGCGCAGUAG